AACCAUUUUGGAGCGUGAAGGCAUCUCGUGCUUCUCUUACUGGAGCUUGACUUCUUAAGAGUUAUGUACACUAUUUUACUGGAAUAUUCAGAAUUAACUCACUUUUAAUGCACCACGCCAAGCGGUAAAGGAAGGAGAAUGGCAGGCCUGUGGAGAUCUUACCAGGCCUUGAUGACCAAAUAUCCCUGGACAGUCCAGAUAGUCACUGCUGGAUCUUUAGUGGGCGUCGGUGAUGUCAUCUCCCAACAGCUGAUUGAGAGGAGAGGAUUAGCUCAUCACAACGUGCAACGAACAGCUAAGAUGAUGAGUAUUGGUUUCUUCUUUGUGGGUCCGGUAGUCGGCAGCUGGUACAAAGUUUUGGACAGGCUGGUUGUUGGAGGAACUAAAACUGCUGCCAUGAAGAAAAUGCUGGUUGACCAGUUGUGUUUUGCUCCAUGUUUCCUGGGAGCUUUCCUCUGCAUCUCUGGUGCUCUGAACGGGCUGACUGUGGAGAAAAAUGUUGCCAAACUCAAGAGGGACUAUACAGAUGCCCUGAUUUCUAAUUAUUAUCUGUGGCCGCCUGUCCAGAUUGCCAAUUUCUACUUCAUUCCACUGCACCACAGUCACUGCGUGGAGCUGCAUCCAGAUAAAACACAUCAGAUUUGCUCCUUCUUCCAGGCUGGCUGUGGUCCAGAUCGUUGCUGUCGCCUGGAACUCCUACCUGACCUGGAAGGCCAAUAAGAUGUGAAGAAAGAUCACAAGUUUGGUCCAUGUUAUGAUGAUUUUACACUCAUUUGUACUGCAGACUCUGUGUGUGAAACGGGCCUACCUUACUUUAGUCUUCUGAUAUUUCCAAUGUGUAAAGCUGUGACUGAAUCACAUGUGAAGUUCGGGGAAAGUUCUUAUUUACUCCGAAUGACAAAUUCACACUUGAAAGUCAAACUUGAAUUUGCAGAAAUGUCUGUGGAAGUUUAUUUAUGGAAAUGGAAUUUGGCAUUGCUGCUGCAGUGUAGCCACACACACAUUAACAUCUACUGGUUAACAAAAGGAAAUUAACCCCUCCUUCAUUCAGGGAGCUCUUCUGGUUAUGUAGUUUUAAUUUACUUGUUUAGUUUGUUUACUUUCGCUUCAUUUGCCUCACUUUUGUACUUUUUUUUUAAACUUUUUCAAACAUUUAAGAAAUAGACCUGCACAUUAUGUAAAGAUUGUCUUGCAUCAUGAUUACAAGACAUUUUUUUUCUUUUUAUUUUGAUCUGUUAAUUCUGUGUGUAAUUUACCAACCAUAAACUCAAUAAUAAGCAACAUUAUAUACUGAGAAGUUGCCAUUUUAUUUAACUUAACAUAAAGAUGCUAUUCAGAAGAAAACAGCGAGCAAGACUCAGGUAACAUUUUGUUCAGUUCCUACAAAAGUGUUUUUGUUCUUCACAUGAUCAAGAAUUAAAUAACAAAACAAGCGAUCCAUAUAAAAUGUUUAAAUUUUUUUUUUAUCUAAAGAAGUCAGCUGUUUACUCUUUUUCAGUCUCUAUCAUGCCAGACGAGUGAGUGAAAUCCAUCUUUAUUCAUUUUUACUGAAAUGUCAAACUAUUCAUCGGUUUUGCUGAUUUUUCUGUAAACUAUAAAUCAAUGUUCCAGAGGAAA